AUGCCAAUAUCAAAUAAAUCUAGUGAAAGUCGUAUGACUAAAACAACAAUCCGUAUGGAUCCAAGAAAUGUUCAAAGACAACAACAACAAACUCUAAAUUAUAAUAAUCAAUUACAAUCAACCAAUUCGUAUGCAUAUCCUAUUGCUGAGAGUCCUUCGUUAACGCGUGAUUCUUCACCGCCAAUCAUUAGACGUGGUAGUCCACGUGUAUUUCGUGUUAAACGAGCUUCUCAUGCUCCACAAUUCUCAUCAUCACCAUCAUUUACUGUAAAAUCUCCUGAAAAAGAAGUAGAACCGAAAAGAGUUACUGUGAAAGAUACAACCAGUCGUGGAACAACACCACCACCAGCUUCAUUAUUCGAUGCUUAUCCAACAUCACACGAUAUUAUACGUCAACAAAUACCAUCAACUGUACGCUAUCAAACACCACCGUCUUCGAUGCAUCCGCCACAAACAAAUGUUUCGUCAACAACAAAAACAUCUACUCGAAUUUUAGAUGCAAAAACUCUACCAACACUAGUUGAUAGUUAUGAUGAUGAUGAUGAUGAUUCUGUUAUUGAAGAAACAAAAACAACUACAACAAUUAUUAGACCCAUGGAAAUUCCAACUGUACCAGCAGUGGUGACAUCAUCGGUGACAGCCGUACCUCAAGUAACAACAGUUGUACCCGCUGUUGAAACAACUACAAUACAUGAAAGACCUACGUAUCGUACACGUCGAUAUCAACGUCGGAGAACACGUUCACCAUCAACAUUAUCAAAUUAUACAACUAGUUCAACAGAUUCCUAUACAACAAAUUCAACAAUUACACCUCGUCCUCAUGUGAUUAAGCAACAUACUAUUCUACCGCCUCGACCACCUAUUCAAACAACCAUUAUUAAUGAUCCGCCAACAACCAUUGUACCUGAACGUCGUUUUAUUCAUCAUGUUCGUCGUACACGUACUCACAGUGGUUAUUAUUCAUCAGAUCUUGAUUUUGGAAAACGAAAAGUUUAUAAAUCUGAUUAUAAAUAUCGUCAUUAUUAUUACUGUAAUUGGUGUAAAGGACGUUGUGAUUUACCGAAUAAAUCAUGUGGUUGUUGUGAAUGGUUUUAUGGUUGCCCUGUUUGGGCAUUAAUACUGCUUGGACUCUUACUACUUGCUUUAAUUGUGACAUUUUUUACUUUAUUUGGUUUACAACCAACAAUAAAUUCAGCACGACGAAGUGAAACAGCUCAAACACAAGUAUUAAAUCGUACACAAAUUAUUUAUGGUUACUUGCAAAAUUGUGGUACUCAAGCAAACAGUCCAACAACAUUAGUUUUAUGUGCAAAUACUGCAACAACAUCCACAUCAGUCGUACAACUAUCAUCCUAUUACAUAGUAUCGGAAGGUAUAAAAACAUCAGUCUAUAAUCAAUUUUUCAUUGUAGUUUUUUUUCUUACCUUUUCGUACAUAUAA